AUGGAAGUGAAUGGUGAACCAGAUAUAGCUGGUAUUUUCAGCGCGGCUUUAAUGCCAUUGAAAGAUAUGAAAGAUGCAGAUAUUUUGAACCAGUAUGAAAUGAACAUGGCUGAUGGAAAUAUAACACCUGACGUUCUAGAACAUUUAUCUCAAAGAACUACACAGAACCAUAGAGAUGGUAUAUUUGGUGAAGAGUUUAGAAAGAAAGUUAUGGACAGCGAAGGAAGAGAACCUAUUGUACAUGACCUUGCAAACGAAAGUUUACAAAAUGUCAUAAAAACUUACUUUGCAGACAAUGAACUGAGAAGGGAUGAAUAUUUAAGAAAACUCAAAUGGACAGUACCAGAUGAAAUGUUAGUAUUGAAAAACAUGUUCCUUGACAAAAUAAAACCAACUACAGAAAUAAACGACGCAAGACUGAAAGAUUGGGUAGAAGCUUUCCCAUUCACAAAAGAUAUAGUUG